AUGUCACACAGUAAACGAAACACCUCUCGUGCCGUCUUUACCUCGCACGAGCGAGCUCUCGCCAAGGCCAAUUGGUCCUCCAGUUCCGCUCGCCUGAAUCGCGACUCGUUUCUCCCCUUCGGAUCUUGUGGCCUUUGCUUAGAGGUUGCUCGUGACCCAGUUGCCUGCCGACUAGGCGACAUUUUUUGCCGCGAGUGCGCCUUGGCCAAUCUAUUGGCCCAGAAGAAGGAGCUUAAGAGGGCCGAGAAAGCCCGUCGUGAGGCCCAGCAUGAGGCGCUUCGUGCAAAGGCCGCCGACGAUGAUGAGGAUCAAAAAAGGGCCGUCCUUAAUUUUGAGCUGACCCAGGCGGGACUGACUGGCUCGAACAAGGGGGGCAUUCAUUCGAAUGAAGACAAUUCGUGGGAUCAAGAAGCACAAUCCGCCCGUGCCGGUGCUAAACGCAAGUUCACCCUGGAUGAAGAUGAGUUGAUUCGCAUAGCCAAAGUAGACAAAGCAAAAGCAAGGAAAGAUAUUGAGGAUGAACGGGUAAUUGUUUAUUCCCAUAUUAAAAAGAACCUAUAUAUGCUAUACCCCCCCUUCUCUGUGGACAAUCGCUAA